GUGGAUAAGGUUCAGUCUUCUCCUCCGCUGAAAGCCGGGCUUUGGUUUAGAACUCUUUUGAUUCUCAGGGCUCCUCUACUGCUCUACUGACCCAAAUCAUUCCUUCCUUAAGAGCUAAACUUAAAGCAGUUCUGUGCUCCCCUCUUCUAUAAUACGCCUUGGUUUCAUAAUCUGAAAUUUUAAUAUUUGGAGGGGCCAUUGGGUGCUUAACCCGCGCACCCUCCAUGUCUGGGAUUACCGGUAGCUUUCCCUUCAAAAUGCUGGUCUCUCAAAGAACAACAAGAGCUAAUCGUCUCCAUCUCUCCUCACUUGAAUCCAAACAAUUAGGAGUUCGCUUCAGUAACCCUAAUAUUGUCAGAAUCGAUUGUUGCCGUUCCUUCCCCUCUGCUUCUCAGCUUUCAGUAACCGCCCGGUCAGGUGGAUUCCGCCCCGGCGAUCAAAGGAGGUCGAGAGAGACCCAGCAGGCCAACUCUGGAGCCGAUCCUGCCCUUGAUAUCUUCAGCAUCAGGUCAGCUUCAGUAAGACUUAUAGAUGCUCAGCAGAAUAUGGUUGGUGUAGUCUCUAAAACUGAAGCCAUUCAAAUUGCUGAAGAAGCUGAACUUGAUCUGGUUAUAUUGUCACCAGAUGCAGACCCUCCAGUUGUCAAAAUAAUGGAUUACAACAAAUACCGAUACGAACAGCAAAAGAAAAAAAGAGAUCAACAGAAGAAAAGUGCCGCCAGUCGUAUGGAUAUGAAGGAGGUCAAAAUGGGGUACAACAUUGAUUCACAUGAUUAUUCCGUGCGGUUGAAAUCUUCUAAAAAGUUUCUCAAAGAUGGAGAUAAGGUUAAGAUUAUUGUGAACUUGAAGGGUCGUGAGAAUGAAUUCCGGAAUAUUGCAAUUGAGCUAAUCAAGCGUUUUCAGAAUGAUGUUGGGGAGCUUGGGACAGAGGAGAGCAAGAACUUCAGAGAUAGGAAUAUAUUCAUUAUUUUGGUUCCAAAUAAAGCAGUUUUACAGAAACCUCAGGAACCACCAAAGAAAAGGGAAAAAUCAGAAGCGACUGAAGUGUCUGCUGGUGUAUAAGCAGAGUUGGCAUUUUGUAAGCAGUGGUUUACAGAUGAAAGAGUGAGCAACCUUCAUUUAUAUUCUGUAAUGAGGAUAGGGGCUGAGUAAUGCCUCUUGGUCGUGCUAUGUACAGUGAUAUUCUAGGUCAUGCCCUCUUGAUGGUGAUGUAAUAUUAAUUACAAUAACAGAGUUAGUUCAUUUCAAUC